AUGAAGAUGGAGCAAGUCCUUCACAUGAAUGGAGGAAUGGGAGAAUCAAGCUAUGCAAGCAACUCCUAUCUCCAAAGGACUGUGAUAUCCAUGGCGAAGCUCAUGCUGGAAGAAAGCACAAUAGGGCUAGUGGAGCAAUACAGCCCCAACCUCCCUGAGUGUUUGAACAUAGCAGACUUUGGGUGUUCUUCAGGACCCAACACCCUCAUGGUGGUAUCACAGAUUGUAGAAACCAUCAAUGCCACACUCCUACGACUAAAUCGCCAGCCACCCCUGCUGCAGGUUUACUUGAACGAUCUCCCAGGAAAUGACUUUGACACUUUGUUCAGGUCAUUACCAAGCUUCAGUAAGAAGCUGGAGCGAGAAAAGGGAAUUGGGCUAGGGAGAUGUUUCAUUGCUGGAGUGCCUGGGUCAUUCUACGGGAGGCUUUUCCCAAGCAAUUCGCUGCACCUAGUUCACUCUUCUUCUAGUCUUCACUGGCUCUCACAGGUUCCGAAAGGGUUAGUGAGCGAAACAGGAUUACCACUCAACAAGGGGAAUAUCUGCAUUGCAAAGACGAGCCCUCCUGCUGUGCACAAAGCAUACUUGGAGCAAUUCCAAAGAGACUUCACACUGUUUCUCAAGUCUCGAGCAGAAGAGGUAGUCCCCGGUGGCCGUAUGGUCCUAACAAUCCUCAGCAGCUUCAGAAGCGAGGACCCACGCUGCAUUUGGGAAGUUGUUGGCCUUAAACUCAAUGACAUGGUGUUAGAGGGCGCGAUCCAAGAGGCGAAGUUGGACUCAUUCAACAUGCCAUUCUACCGACCUACUGCAAGUGAAAUAGAGAAUGUGAUCGAGGCAGAAGGAUCAUUUUUCAUUCGGAGAGUCGAUACUUUUGAAAUGGGUUGGGAUGCUCACAUAGGCCAUGUUAACCAAGGCAGUGCAAUGGGCAAGGGCAGGAGAGGAGAGAUGAUUGCAGCAGCCAUAAGAGCAGGGGGAGAACCCAUUCUGGCUAGUCAUUUCGGAGAAGCAAUCCUUGAUGAUUUGUUUCGAAGGUUUAAGGAGAUCGUCGUGGAUCACAUGGAGAAGGAGACGUGCAAGUAUAUGAAGGUUGUGGUUUCCUUGACAAAGAAAGGUUGA